CUUGGGAAUAGUUCAGAAAUUAGCGAAUGGAAUUUGGAAGUAUCUUUGUCAGAUACUAUAAUGUUGAAGUCAUGGAAGAAGAUGAGGAGGAGAAAGAAGACUCGUCUGCCUUCAUCCGGCGUCGUGGGUCGUCGUGUGAUGCGGAGGCUGCUCGUCUCGUCUCUCGUAUGGCGUCGAUUCGGGAUAACGGAAGCAAUUAAUAGUGAUAAGACUCAUCUGGCGGAUAGCGGUUCCGGUGGUGACCCUUCGGACCCGGCGUCGCCGGAACCAGUUGGCGGAGGAGCAAUAUCAGCAAUAAAGGCGGCAGCAGGCGAUAUUAGUGCAUCCUCUGAGCCUGGCCAUGAGUCUGCUUCGUCUUCCUCUAGUACAGGAGGAGGCGCUGCAUCGGCUCCAUCAGCUGGCACACCAGUGAUGACCACUGUCGUCGGAACACUCAGCGCAGCUGGAUCAACUGGUAGCACCGAUGGUACUGGACCAGGACCAACAGGGACGCCUGUUGCAUCUUUCAACGGUGAAGUGCGAUUUCCCACAGCUUCAGUCGGGGGAAAAUCUUCCUCAGAACAAGGGAGAAAUAGCGAGAGGAAGGAUGGUUUUGAGGUUUCGGAGGGCGGCCAGGAAAGUGACGCGGCUGAUGUUGUUUAUGCCGUCGGCAAAACAAAUUUGUCAGAGUACAUAUAAGUAUCCAUGAUGAUGUUGAGUGAUCAUGAUUAAUGGAAAUGUCUUGUUAGUUUGUUGUAUUUUCCCCUUGUAAUACAACAUCACAACAAAUUUGUUCGCCUUCGUUGAAGGUGGUCUCAUGCAUUUCGAUUUCCACCAAUCUUCUUCUAAUCUUGAUCUUCUCCAAGCACUGACGGGAUUUCACCGACAGUGAGACCUCACGAGGUGAUAAAAGGUAGGAUAUCAGAAGGUAUGGCCUCUGGCGGAGACAUUAGUGCAAGAAAAGCAGGACACUAAGCACGAAAACGAAUAUUAAACGGACAAUUUUUAUCUUACCUGAUGAAACAAAUAGAAAUAGUUAACCAGAAACAGUUGUAACUUUGUCAUAAGUCUUGUGUUUGAAGAGGAUAGACCUCUAACACUUGCAACGCGGAUGAAGAAGAAGAUGGACGCGUGAAGAAUGCAACGUCAUCCUCCAGGAAAGAGGAACCAGAGCAGCAGUCAGAGUUAAGAGAAGUUUAGAUUCAAUAGACACUUGAGCUUUUUCGAAGGAGCCAGCACUGACAACGUCUUCUUAUACUUAUGUAGAUUAGAUAGAUGAACAGGACAGAAAUUAAGCUUAAGCAGAGUAGAGAAAUGAUGAUGAUUAUAUUUUAGCGAAGAGAAGAAGGAUACAUGACUCUACGUAUCAGUAUCUCUACUAGACCUCAAAUCUUUGUUUGAAUCGAUGACGAUAGCCUCUAUCUCUAAACUUAGCGCAGCAAGAUCUUCCCGGGAGUAAUGCCUUUUCCUUCCUGGAUAUGGAAAAAGGGGAAGGACAACGGCGCACUUCAAGUUCACAAGCUUCUGUUGAUGCAUUAUGGAUACAGCCCAGUCGCACUUUCACUUUCAAUAGAAUUAUAUUUAGAUACCUCGUUUCACUUUCAAUGGAAGCAGAUAAAGACUUUGUCGAUCCACUCCUUUCGCUUUCAGGGUUUAGAUGAUGAAUAAGUUAGUAUGUCGCCGUUUAUUUUCGUGGACCAGAUCUAGAGGUUUUUAUAGGAACAACAGUUGUAGAACAGGAGUGACUGGGAUGCAUCGUUCUAGAAUACUAAAAAUCCCGCAUAGCUAGGAUCGCGGUAUAGGUCUGAAGGUUUGAGUCUCGAUCAACCCCCUGCCCCGUGCAAACUUCUCCCCGAAACACUAUCUCGUGCUAGGUAAAAAAUGACUGAAUGAAUAUCCAAAUACAUCCCGCUUCAUGACGAUCGUCCGUGUCCGAUAAAGCUAGUACCAUCAAGACGAAAAGACCUAAAACCGGUGGAAACACGAAUGUUAAGGCGGGGUUUGAACCCAGUAACCCAGUUUGUGAAGCAUUUUGUUGAUUUUGAAGCUUUUUUUGCAUAGAAUUUUCAAGCUUGUGUUUCAUUGAAGAAUGACAAACCCACUAUUAUUAAAUGUCUCAGUAGCACUCUAGUGCUGCUGCUGGAGCUGGACGCAGCUUGUUCAAGCAUAGAAGUACGUAUUAUAGAUACCUAUAUACUUACAACUUCUUAAACAGCACAAGCACAACUUGUUAAACCUUAAUGACAAGUGCAGGUGGCAGCUUUGCAAAGCGCCACUGCUCCACACGAUGAUCACCAGUCAAAUAAUAUCGCUGCUCGGCCACAUAUGUCGCCUAUCGUCAUAAACAGCCGCAUCUGACGUACAACUAUCAUCAUGUACGUCUGUUCAUGUUUCCCACUGCUGGUGGGGUUCUCAAGCGGGCGCCCGAAGGGCGCCCCGCAAUUGGAGACGCCCAGCGUCACGCUGGGCGCAGAAUUCGGCAGAUCUGGCACAUUUGGGUCGCCCAGCGACCCAGUGUGCCCAGCGUGCCCAGCCCAGCCAAGUCGGGAACCCUUAUCGCCUGUUCUAUUGUAAAAUCAAUAGAGAGUAAUAAAAAACCGCCAUAGGUAUUAAGAUAAGAGAAGAGAUGAUUUUUGAACAGAGUAGGAAGCCCUAGUAUCAUCUUCUAAGCCGCCGAACUCGAAGACGAAGACAGAUGGAAAAGCAGGAAAAAAAGGAAAAAUUGCCUCAACUAGUCCAGGUCAAUCUCCCUCAAAUAGUCCACAAGUGACUCCCCGAACAAAAGCCGGCGAGUUAUGGAUUCGAACUUUUUUUUGAAAUUUUGUGUGAGUAGGUACUGUACAUAACCAUAAGAAUGAACACAAGUUUACCGUAAUUAGGGUACAUAUGGUAGAGGACAUAUCAUGGAUGAAUUAAUUAUCUAAUGAACCGAAGACGUUGGUAUAAUUUCAGCGCAGUUUAUACUAGCACGCAUGGCGCAUGGAGUAGCAUGGAGGGCAUGGAGCGCAGACCCAUAACGGAAGCAAGAAGCGGCCCCUUUAGCUCCAUGCAACUCCAUGCGAUCCAUGCACUCCAUGCCGUGCGAGCUGCCAAACCUUCUGAAAUAUAUGACGCGUCGAAGAUGUUAAUACCUGUUGUCCUCAAAUUAGAAAGAAGCGCUGUACUCACGCCAACGAAUGACUUAAUUAGAAAUAUAUCACUGAAUAUACCCCAUGAAUGGUCACCCCUAUGGUAGAUGAUGGCAAUGAUCAGAGAUGCAUCUGCAUGAUGAUGAUGAAGGCUACUCUUCCUUAAAUAUCUCAAUUAUUCUCAUCAGUUACUUGCUUAUUGUUUCUUCACUUUACCGAACUGAUGUUGAAACUGAAGUGAGCUUGAGUGAAGAGUUUGUCUGACCGUGCUCUAAAUUUACUAGUAGACCACCACCACGUCCACGAACUGCCUAGUUGUACAAAUUCGUUCAUUAAUUCUUGUACAGCAUUGCUCUAACAAGAAGUCCGAAAACGAACCCGGAAAUGAAGAUCGAAAGCGACGUUUUACGCAAGCACAUGAUUAAAUAUUUAACAACAUUUAGUAGUUACUACAACGUCGAAAAGCGCGAAGGUGCCGUCAUAAGCUUAUCUCCUGGGGCUAGCUCACUGUAGUAGUCUUUCACUGUAGAAGUUGUACUUCUACUAGGAGGUCAACAUCAACUUCAACAGGAACAAGAACUACUUCUAUUUUUGAUGUAGUGGUACCUCUUAGUAGAGGUAGAGCUAGAGGUAUCUACGAGAUCAACUACUAUUUCUUGAACAUCAUCACGAUCACCAGAGACAAAAAUAUCAAUUAUACGACCUGUACUUCUAACGGCGACACCUCGAUCUGCGCAUGGAACGGGUACGGGGUCUGAGUCUAUCUCUAUGGGAACACAUGAAAUAGUACAGAGUCUUUGUCUUUCGAAUUAAGUACUUAUACAAACUGGAGACUUAACCCCCGGGGAUCCUAAAUCUACUGGUGAGUUAUACUUUUUAGUGCUGUGGCAGCACGGUAGGCUGGCUCGGCAGACCCAGGUCUUUGCCGGCGCCGGUCGUUGCACCUACGGCCCAUAAGUUUGCCACGGAGCGUGGCGGGAGGCCUUUACCUCCCCAGAGAGGGUUGCGCACCAACGUCCGGGUGUCGUAACCCCUCUCGCGGCUCGGCCGGUGUUCGUGCACCGUCGCCCUACGAGUCAAUCAACAGGCACCCGCGAAGUUUCGGGUGCUCGCUCUUCGCGUCGGGCGCUUUGGUCCGGGGCGCUUUGGCCCGGGUGCGCGGCUAAUCCCUCGGCAGUAGCAGGCGUUGUCCCCCCGCUGGGGGACAAGGUCACUUUGAACCUCCAGCCCGCGCUGUCGGCCUACUACCGGGGCUUGAGCUCCCGCUCAACCUCUGGUCUCGGUUUGACACGUGCCAGCGGUGAAUGGACCGCUCCGAGCCCUUAUCCUUUCCUCACCGGCACCUUCCUCCGGAGACCCCGACCAGGCUCCGGCUUCUUGGUGCGGACUUGAGUCGGCGGUCUGAGACUCGCAUCCGCCGCCGAGGGGUUACGGGGACGUGUGCCGGCCUUUGCACAGGUUUGCGUCAGGACCUCCCGCCGGCCAGCACCCGCGUCGGUGGUGUGCCGGGGCGGCUGCCGCCCUCCACCGCGCUUGUCACUCCCGUGGGAGGGACGAACUCCCGGAGCGACAGCGACAGCAGGGGCCGGCAGGCGUUCACAUAGUUCAGCCAGCCAUAGUCGGGCACCAGUGGACUGCUGAACCGUCUGCAGCCGUGGGAUGGUGUUGAUGAACAGUUUGUGCUUGCCGUGUCUGGUCAUGUAGUCAGCCAGGUUCCAUUCGGAUUUUAUGUAGACGAACCACGGUUUGACAUUGUUGUCGUACCAGUGAUUGACUACGUCUACAGCGGUGUUUGCCACCACCGCGGAUUUGCCACUACAUUUGACGAAGUUGUAGAGUACUGGCGUAUUGUCGAUCAGCACUACGAGGUCGGAGUUGCUGGUCCAACUCGGUAGUUGCUUUGCGGCGAGGCCCACCGCGGCCGCCUCCAGUACCUCUAUCCUGGCGGUGGCCCAUCGGUCAUCUGUCAAUGGCUGCAUUUGGAUGAGGGUCUUCCCGCUGUGGUGGAUCAUGACGUAUCCGAGCGUUGGCUCGCCGUUCGGCCCGCCAUCUGUUGACGCGUCCGUGAACAGGAAGCUCAGAGGCUUCACGAUUUGUUCUAGCCUGAGUUUGAGCCUGUUUACCUUGUGGACCAUCUUCUCGAUGGCCGCAGUGGAGCGCAGGAGGGCUCUCCGUUGCCACCGCUGCUUCACCAACUUGUCGAAGGUGGCGUCUUCUGUCCAUGCCUGCGUAAAGAGAUCUCGUGAUCUCGUUUCCGGCUCUGUUUGCCGCGGACACGGUGAUGAAGUUUGCCAGUCCGAGCAGUCGUUGGACUACCUUUUUGCCCAACUGCCCUGUGUUUACUUUCUGCCGGAGCUCGUUUGCGACUUCCGCGACUUGCUGGAGCAUGUUGUCUGGCACCACAACAUCGAUUCCCGUUUUUGGGCUUGUGUCGUAGUGGAGGCCCAGUAUGCGCACAAUAGGGCUCUUUCUAGAGUCCUGCUGUGCUGCCGCUUUUGUCGCGAGCUCCAGCCCCAGGCAGUCGCAGAGAGCUUCGUAUGCCUCUAUUGCCUCAUCCGCUCCCUCUUCGAGACUGAGGAUGAUGGCGUCGUCGAUGUAGAUUGGCACUACUGUGUGCCCGAGCGUGGCCAUUAUUUUCAUGACCAGCUCCGCCACUCUACGCCAGCUGCUGACGCUGAACUUGUUCCCCAUGUUCAGUAUCGCCGCGAGGAACAUGCGGUAGCGCCCCUGGGUGUCGUCCCAGACUCCAGCCGGGUUUUCCUCCGGGUGUUUUACCCCUACCUGGUAGUAGGCCUUGCUCCAGUCUCGGAGUGCGAUGCAAGGCUUUCUACCUGCCGGGCGGGUCUUCAUCCUCUCCCCGUUGAGGAGCCUCACCUGCUCGCCGAGUUGGCGGUGCUCGUCGGUGGUUGUGGCUUCGCUUGCGCUUGUUUUUCCGCGGAAGUCUGCGACCUCUUUAGCCACCUGGCCGCAGAUAUCCGUGGUGAACUGUGUCACCGGCGCGUGGAGGGUGAGGCCCUCGGCGCCUGCAGGCGCCAUGUAGCUUUUUACAAUCUCCAGGACAGUUCGCGUCCCGUGGAGCCUCACCUUUUCCGACAUUUUUGAGAAGUCGUUUUUCCACCGCUCGUCGAUUAUCACGCGAACCUUCUCAGGUUCGACCUUUGGGAAGGCGUACGCCGGCAUGACUUUGAGGUCCUCUGGGUUGAUCUCUUUGUAUCUGCCCAGCUGGACGUCUGCCUCAAUGUUUUUGAGGACUUGCCGAAGGGCUUCCUCUGGGAAACCCUUCGGAGGCGCAUCCCGGAUUUUUACCGCGGUGCUAUAGAAUUCUUUGAGGUCCUUUGCCUCCGCGGCAUUGACGUCUGCCUUCCAAAGGCCAGUACUCUUGUACUCCCCUAUUGUUUGAAAUCCAUGGAGGAUGUCGUCCGGUAGCGACGUGUCCGGAUGGCCCGUCAAUGCGAUGAGUUUUCUCAUUGCGAUGACGUUCCUUGUUUUGGUUGUCUGUAGCACCCUUUUUAGGUGCUCUGGCGCCGUGGCGUUUAUCAGGUCUGCAUUUGCCUGCUCCGUCUGCGUCUUCAGACGUCUGAGCAAGGCGGUGGCUUGUUUUCUUCGUUUGGCUACCGCUGCCGGCUGUAGCUUCUCGGCAGCUAUCAGCUGUUCCCACUCGAGUGGUAGCUUUUGGCCGUAGGUCUCGAAGUGUAGUUGUGCUCGGACCCGAUUGACGAAGUUGCAGACCGCGUCAUGGAGCUCGCGGCGGUCGUUGCCGUGCUCCAUUUCUGCUUGGCUGACGUGUAGUGGCGUGGCAGUCGUCAUUUUUUGUGACUAGGCUUGGUUGGCCCCUGGGAGGAUUUUUUGUCGACUGUCGUCCAGGAACCUUCCAGAGAGCGUAUCUUUUCUCUCACCUAAGUUAACUCACCAGUUAGUAUAAUCACUUCCCCCGCAAGCUCCUCCAGUGCAUAUACAAACUGGAGACUUAACCCCCGGGGAUCCUAAAUCUACUGGUGAGUUAUACUUUUUAGUGCUGUGGCAGCACGGUAGGCUGGCUCGGCAGACCCAGGUCUUUGCCGGCGCCGGUCGUUGCACCUACGGCCCAUAAAUUUGCCACGGAGCGUGGCGGGAGGCCUUUACCUCCCCAGAGAGAGUUGCACACCAACGUCCGGGUGUCGUAACCCCUCUCGCGGCUCGGCCGGUGUUCGUGCACCGUCGCCCUACGAGUCAAUCAACCGGCACCCGCGAGGUUUCGGGUGCUCGCUCUUCGCGUCGGACGCUUUGGUCCGGGGCGCUUUGGCCCGGGUGCGCGGCUAAUCCCUCGGCAGUAGCAGGCGUUGUCCCCCCGCUGGGGGACAAGGUCACUUUGAACCUCCAGCCCUUUGGGCCAUCCUUUCUCGACGCCUCCUUGGUGCGCCUUCCAUCCUUUUCCCGACGACUGGAGGUUCAGAACCGCCAGGUGCGUACGUUUUUUGUACCCGGUACUGCUUUGAGUGCCCCUGAGCCGCUGCUACUGGCGCUCUUUGGCGCUAGGGCCGUCACCUUUUUGGUAACGGUAUUCUGUUGAAUCCGCCCUUUCUUCUGUAGCUUCUGCUUGGGGGUGAUCUUGAUCGUCCGCUUGACCAAGGUGUCCUCUUGGACCGCCUUGGGCUGCACGAAGACGCGCGGGGGUGGACCCCCCCCCGAGGGCCACCGCCUGCGCAAUCCGUGCAGCGGGAUGAAUUCCGAAGCCUCCCACGUUUUGUGGUCGGCUGUGUACUCGUCCCACAUUUUGCUGGACUGUUCCCAGCCCAUGUGGGUGAGGAAUUCAUCCUCCUUCACGGAGAUUUUCCCUUGCUCCCACUCGCGUCGCGUUGCCAAUGCGAGUCCUCUCCUGCAGCUGUGCAGCGUGCCGCUAAUUCCCUUCGCCAAGCUACUUAUCCUGGCCUUGCCUAAUGGGAAAUCAGAUCUCAUAACAGCGCCUUCGCCGUGCAUCGGGCAAAAGCGACUUCGUGCACCAGCUGUUUUUGCGUUGGUGUCGCAAUUGCAGUGGAUUUCUAUUAUCCUACCGCGUUGUUUGCGGAUUUUGUCUUCGGAUAUGUGGAUGCGCCACACGUCUCCUUUUUUGGAGAUGUCCGUGUCGUCCACCGCCGCGAUGCUGUCGCCCCGCAAUCCCGAUAGCGCCCAAAGGAGGACCAUUUUUUGGUCUUUUGCCUUUAGCGCCUCGAGCUUCGUACCCGGUAGGAAAGGCUUUGCUUUCCUCGGGUUGUGGUCUUGGAUUGUUCGUUCAAUUGCCUUUUCCCCUUCUCUUCCGGUACCCCCGGAAGCCCGCCCUCUUCGCGCUCCUCUUAGUGAGCUGCGUUUAGGUGUGGGGUCGCCACAGACUACCCCCUGGGCGAUAGAAGGUUGGAGCCGUUGGCGUUGCUCCGUAAAACAGCCUCCCUCCCUUAGUAGUUAACCCCCCGCAGUAGCCCCAGUAGUUGUAGUAGCUUUCGUGCCGCUGUAGCUCUUCGCCCUCGUCGUCUUCUUCUUCAGGCUCCCAAUGGCUGCAGCUGGGACAUCCUCCCACUUUGCGCCGCGGGGUCUCCUGUCUGGCGUUUUUGGAAAACUUAAGGUGAGGCAAAUGGUGUCCCCAUCUGCCGUGUAGGUAUCCCCUGCUCUACCGGGGGGGCAGACUAAAGAUUAGCGCCUGGGGGUCUUGUCCGGGUGGUGUUCUGGCGCUGCUUUAGUCUGUUGGUGUCCCUCGUAAUUAUUAGUAGUGCGGAGCGGCUGCGGUGUGGAUGUGGUGCUUUUCGUUGCGGAGCGGAUGGCGCUGCGCUGCUUGGGGUUUUAGCGCCUCUAGUGGGCUGCUCCCCCCUGUUAAGGCUUUCCUGGAGUUAUGGCUGUUGGCGUAAUACGUAUAGCGCGACAGUGAGCGUUAUUGCUCUAUGUUGCUGCUUUCGUAUGAGUUGGGCGGCACUUCUGCUGAGUAUCAGGCAGUGCCUUGGCCUUCGGGUCUUGGCUUUUCCUCUUAUAGCGACAAAAGGUUGGGCACUACUGCUGAGCAUCAGGCAGUGCCUCGAUCUUCGGGUCUUGGCUGUUGGCGAUAAAGGUUUGGCACUACUGCUGAGUAUCAGGCAGUUCCCCUGAAGCCCUAUGUCAUAGUAAGCAUCUGAUUCCCUACGGGUGGACGGGAUGCGACAUUUGGUCUCGUAGGUUUCGCUUUGGUCGCACGGCUUCGGUAGUGCCCUAUAGUCUGACCUCUUGACUGCAGUGGUGGAAGAGCAAGCUUUUACCGAUGUUUCGGAGAAUAGCGGGGCUUUCGACAAGCCGCUGCGGGCCAUCCGCGGGUGGCGGUUCUACCAGCCAUAUAAUGACGCUGGAUGUGUACUGCGCGACUGAGGUGUAUUCAUUGAACACUAGGAAGGCGGCGAAUCUUUGCACCGCCUCCGGCCUCACGGGUAGCUUUUCACCCUUGGCCGCUAGCCAGUCGAGGAAGAAGGCGACUCGCGACUUUUUGUUUCUAGUCGUAGAGUCGGCUUCUCCCAUGGCGCGCAGCUCGUCGUCGUUUAGAUCGACAGCUUUGCGCAGUGCGUCCGCCCGUUUCGACAUUUAUUCUAUGUUACUUUUUUGAUUAUCUCUCGCUGUUGUUCCUCUAACGUUCUUUCUAUUUAGUUAGUUUGUUCUCUCGUCCUUACUUACUUCUUUAUCUAGGCUGGUUCGUGCGGCUGCUUAGGCGAACCUCCACCAUGGAUCUUGGCCUCUUGCCGUAUCUCAUGAAGUGGUCUCCCCAGCCUAGCUUCUUUACUUACUCGUAACUCUUUCCCUCUCUGUUUUCCCUCUCUUUAGCUUGACGAGAUGUAACUCGUCGCUCCCUCGAACACUGCGCCGCCGCCACCGCGUUUUCCCUUUCGGCCACCAGUCGUCACUGGUGGUUUGAUUUGUUUCCUCCCUCUCAACUAGAGUGGUUUUUACUCUGUCAAAAAGGAUGAAUUUACUGUUCCGCCACUAAAUGAAUAAUGGUCCGGUGCCCCUGGUAAUUUGACCAGAGGACUUAUGGCGAAUGCUUUUGCAUUCUGUUUUUCGAGGAUUUGUUGUCCUCGAGGCCGAUAGCCUUUUUCUUCCAGCUAGUCGCGUUCUAGCUUAUGCGUGGCUCCUUCCACCACACCGCGAGGGAGCGUUUGCUCCCAACGUGCUCCUUCACGUCUCUUCCCAGGAGGAUUUUUCCCUCCACCACUAUCGACUUAUCGGCGUCGAUCGCGCGAGCGGCUGUUUUUGCGCUCGUUCGACCGCUUCGAUUUGUUGCGGCCACGAUUGUCUUUUUCGCGACUGUCGUUGCGAUGCCGUUGUCCCAGCGGAAUCGCGUUUGCGUCGCUUCGCUGGGGUCCUUUCGGUUGGCGGCGUGUUCGGCCGUUUUUGGCCUUCAUCGCCUUCAUCGGCUGGACUUUCGGUUUUACGAAGUCUUUCGGGUGGCGGAUUGCUUCCUUGUCCUUCGCUGCCGCUCGUUUUGCCGCUGUGCCGGUUGGCUGCUGGUUGAUGUUUCGCCCUGCCAACCGGGCCGAGAAGAGGACUUCGGCCAGCUCUUUUUGCGAGCGGAUCACUUCUGCCCACGUUCUCUUGGCGAUAGUGAUGUCUGGGGGAGGACGGUUGCGGUCGAUGAGGUGGUGGUGUGUGCAUUCCAGGUGUUGAGCGUCGUUGCGACAGCCUGACUGCACCGCAUGCGCUUUGUGCGCGUGGAACCAGUGGCAUACCGCCGGCGGAAGCAUGAGUCCCAUAUUUUUCAGGGACUUCAAUGCGGACGGCUCCACUAAGCCGGUUUGAGGGAAGUACACGUAGUAUGUGGUGCGUGUUCCUCCCUUCGCGUUUCGGCGCUCGGCUAGCACCACGUCGACACGUUUGUCGAGGCGGCGGUUGUGGACUGGGUCCAUGGCCGGGUUGAAAUCUGUUUUUUCCAGAUCCAAACUCUCCAACCAAGUGUCGCUCGGCAUGGUUGUGCCCGUGUCGUCGUCCCCGCCGCUGUCGGCGUCGCUGCCGAACGGGUUUUGCGGGCCUUCGCUCGCCGAUCGCUCUCGCGAUUCGCUGCGGCGGCGGCUGUGGCUACGAGAGCGCAGUGUGACUGUCACACGUUCGCUUCUCGGCUUGCCUAAGCUCGCCUCGGCGUCUCGCAUGGAGAACAUUUCAUUUUUGAUUUCCUCCAUGUUCUCCUUGAAGAACGCUUUUUGGACGGGCGGUUUGAUUUUUCCCCCGUCUUCCUCGUCCGUGUAGCGCGCCUCGUCGAUGAGGUGGAGACCGAAGUGGUUGUACCAGGCCAGCAGGUUGAACAUGUAUCUGUUCACCAGCCCGGUCUCCCAGCGCUUCAUCUUCUGCUGGAGCGCGUCGAGGCUGCGGGAGCCUUCCUUCAUGAAUCCCAAGAACACCAUCAUUUUUUUGAUGGCGAUUUCUGGGAAGUUCUCGUUGAACUCGGUCAUGAAGUCGAAGGGCUGCAGGUCGGUGGCGCCGUUGAUGGCGCUUUCCACGCGGCGCAGCGUCUCCCAGCACUGGUCCAGGUUGCAUCUGUCCCAGUAGUCAGCCGGGACGCUGGCGACGACCUGUUUCCGGACCAGGUUCUGGAACGCGCUGUUUGUGCGCUGCAGGUUGUCUCCGUUAAAGCCUGCGAUGGCGCAGUUUGAGACCUUGGGUUGGUUUUUUCCCACCUGGGCUUCGCCCCAGAUGCCUGCGGCCGCGUAUGCUCCGAAGAGCAGCGCCAGCGCCUUUUGGUUGAGGCGUUGGCCUGCCGUCGUGUUCAGGACGCUGUUUUCGUCCACGUCGAAAACGGAGCGGAGGCCGUGCUUUUCCACGUGUUUUAAUAACGCGGUGAGCACGUGGUUCGCCUGCUUAGAGGCUUUUUCUCCGUUCGUGAAGAAGCAGUUUUUAUACUGCUCCUGUGCGUCUGCGACUUCCUCGCCCGGAGUUAAGACGGAAGGCCAGACGACUUUCACCUCUGUUUUCUUCUCGACGCCGUUUACGCGUCGGUAGACGAAGAAUUUUUCUCCUUCGCUAGCCGGGCGCGUGUCGUCAUAGGAGAGGAUUUUGUCCUCUCCGCUGCUGUUCAAAGCCGUUGCGAUGGCCUUUGCGGUCUUCUUCGCGAACGUUUUGAACAGAGCUGCCGUCUCCGGCGGCUCCUCGGAGGACUCUUCGCUUUUGUCGGCGAAGUCCACGGAGUCCUCCUCCUCUUUCUUUUUGGCUUCGAGCUCCGCCUUGCGCUGCUUCUCCUCUUCUUCGAGGAGCUUUCGGUCCUCCUCCUCGUGCGCCUUGCGGACCGACGUCCACGGCGUCUUGGCCGGCUUCGCGUCCCAGUCGUUGAGCACCUCUUUGUUGGUGCGCUCGAUCAGGUAGCGGACUAUCACCUCCUUUUUGGCGGUCUGCGCCGGGACUUCCGCCAGGUUCAGCUGCGGGUUUUCCUCCCGAAACUUUCGUUUUUCGGCGAGCUUCGCGCCGGCUUCAAAAGUCUCUUUUUUAAUCAGAGACUUCGAGGCCCAGGGUUCGGCCGUUAGUUCCUCGUGGUAUGCGCCCAACCACAAGUGGAACCACAUCAAGGUGGUGCCCUGUUCGGUUAGGGUUCCACCUUCCCCCACGAAGCGCGGGUCCUCCAGGUCUUUUUUGACCGUGUCGAUGAAUUCCGUUUCCGGAAGUUCACCGACCAUCUGUCGGAGUGCUGCAAUCCAGUCCUGGAUGUUUGCGCAGAAGAUGAGUUUAUCCUCAUACUGCGUCUUCUCCUCCAGCUGCUUUUGCAGCGCCUCCAUGGCCUCCGCCAUGGAGGGGUGAAACAGUGAUCCGUCGAUCAGUUUCAGAAGGGCUUUGCCCUUCUCGUCGACGUCCUCGCUCCCCACAGGAUUUUUGCCUGUGUGGAUGACGAGGUCUCCGACGCUUUUCAGGGAGGUCAUUUUGUUUUUUGUUUUGCUGAAAACCAGAGUGCGGGGGCACUACUAGUCACUAGUUUCUAGAUUGCGAUUAUACGCGCACAGAAAGUCCCUGGAUUUUUGGGAAAAAGAAAAGUUUUUUGACCUGCCCAAGCUAGCUUUCAGCUUGAGGUUACGAAAAUGUGCUGCCACAAGCGCCAAACCCUCGCGGCGAUUUUUGCCCCGCGAGGGGAUGGCGCGCCGCGCGCGCGGCGGAACUCGAUUUUUACGAGCUCCCCAGCACCCCCCACUGGGCGCCACGCGCCUGCCCACCGCACCGCCGGAGGGCGCGUUGGCCCUCCCGCGGCCUACGCACGAGCGCUUUGGCCCGUGCGCCGGCAGCCCGCUCCGCUCCGCUCCGCUCUGCUCCGCUCUGCAUGUGAACUCCGCCCCGUGGGUGUAGCAUUAACGCUCUCACCCGACCGCACCCGAGCCUCCCGUGGAGGCGCGAACCGUGGUUCGCCUUCGCCGAGAUGUGCCAUUGCAUCGACCGGCGGCGUCGCGCGUGAGUGCAUUUUUUGCACCGCACACGACGGGGCUCGCGGGGCCCGUUGCCCCCAACCCUCUCCCUAGUUGGUCCCUCAGCCGACAUUUUUUGUCGACUGUCGUCCAGGAACCUUCCAGAGAGCGUAUCUUUUCUCUCACCUAAGUUAACUCACCAGUUAGUAUAAUCACUUCCCCCGCAAGCUCCUCCAGUGCAUAUAUACUUAUAACAUCAAGUUAGUGUUAGUGCUCACUAGCACUAGCACAGCAAUAUUUCUUUGAAUUUACUUGACAAGUAACUAGUUAUUUAAUAACUUAAUAACCUUAAUUACCUAACCUCACCUUAAUAAGUAAAGUAACUAGUUAAUAUUUAAUAACGACCGUAAUAGUGUUCAUGUUUCAAACCUUUUCAGGCUCGUGCUAAGUAAAUGAAUGGAUGAAUGAAUGUUCGAGGCUUAGCUUUUUUUCCGUUCCAUAAUCAUGAAGAUCAUAAUAAUGACUUGUUUGAUUAUGAUCUUCAUGAUUAUGGCGAGGACACACAUCCGUAGUUAUCUUCAUCCGGAACGCGAUGUCGUGGAAUACUUCUUACCAUGAGGCGGCCGGUCCCCGUUGCAGCUCUGUGAUGUAAGCUUUGUUUCAGACUUGACUACGAGGCACUCCCACAUUCAAAGGCCUCAUAAGUAGACACGCAGGGCUAUGGCAGAGGUUCCAUGACAUGACGUUAGACAGGAUACACUUGAGAAACGAACAUGACCAUACUAAUACAACCACCGAUGCCGCACCCGCACCGGAUACGGCUCCCUCUACGUCGUCGCAAGAGGAUAGCAGUGGAUCAUGGGGUGUGAUGUUUUCUCUGAAGACGUGGCAGAGCUGGGUAUUGGUUUCCGGCAUUUUAGUUAUUCUGGUCGUUCUUUUCGUGGUACUCACCCUGGGCUGCUACGUUUUGCUCUUAAGGCUAGUACUAGUUGUGCAUCAGUAUCUUGUGUGAGGAGGUCGUGGAACACAACUAGCCUAUAAUGGCGGGCAAAACCAGUUCCAACAGUGUGUGAAAAAUUGACGGCCGUGGAAGUGUAACUACCUAAGGUCGGAGGUAUUAUGAGUUGUGAAGUCCCCCUUCAGGUCGUCUGGGUUAUUGUACUAUCUUCCGAAGCUGUUUUCUUAUUCCUUCCCCUUACUAAGCUUUACACUUCUACGGCCGUCAAUUUUUGACACACUGUUGGAACUGUUUUUUCCCGCCAUUCGGCUAGAAGAACUAACUGGGGCUACGCAAUGAAUGAAUAUCUGGCGUGGCGUACAACUAUCCUGAGUUGAUUUAAUGAAGUACUAGAAAUGUCCGCUCUUGUUACCCACAGAAAUCAAUUAAUCAAUCAAUCAAUCAAUCAAUCAGUCAAUCGUUAUGAAUCAAAGAAGAAAUCAAGGGCAACAAGAAAAGCAACCCACACCCAAGAGUCUCUCAACCACAGACACGACUCGUGUAGGUGAGUAGAGAGCCUGUGAAAUGCUUGCUUUCUCUGCGGCCACCCCAGCUGGUGCGUCGUUGGAGGUUAAUGCACUCCCACCGUCGCCGGGUAGCGUCCUGGAAAAAAUGUGGGUCAUGCUUUCAUUGAGUAUACCACCCGCCAUAACCCCCCAUCGCAAAACUUGUAAUUGUAAAAAAAUGUCCACUCCUAACGUCCAAAAUCAUCAAGCAAUGUCAGAAGUGAGGCCUCUGAGAGUCCAGAGCUUCUAACAUUUUUCAGGGGCCACACAUAGUGUUACUGUUAUUGAGUAGAGUGUAACACUCAGGGGCGACCACGCAUAGUGUUAGUACUCAAGUAGAGUGUAGUGUGGUCUCGCAUAGUGUUAGUACUUAAGUAAAGUGCUGUGGUAGUAUACCGCUAAUCAUCAGCGGGCCGGACGUCAUUGAAGGCGAAGAUGCUGACGGGAAUAUGGUGCUGUUAUCUCGCUUAAGCGGCCUAGGCGGUUUUUACGAUGAAGACGAUGAGGACAAGGCAGGCACUCCGACACUGGGAAGCGGUAGUGGUAGUAAUUAAGGUCUAACCUUAACACUGAAUUUAUUACAUGAUCGCGGAACUUGUUCUCAUCUUCUCGUCUGUCUCAUUAUGUAUAAAAUCUUAAUCUUGUUCUCUCUCUUCUAUCUCUCUCACAAGCCUUAAACGCUCCUGCACUUAUCUCACGCUUAACACGUUAUUACAUGAUCGCGGCGCUGACUCUAGAACUAGGUUAGAAUGGUACUAGAUUCAUGCCUGAUGUAACUUCUGGACACUUUUCUCACGACGCACUUAACACCAUAUUAAUACAUGAUGCCGCUGCAUUGCCAAUAUUGCUUCAUGCGGCUUUUCUUCUACCAGCAAUAGUUCGCAGCUUCGUUUGCAGCAGCAACAGUAGAAUAAGCAAAUGCUUUCAAUUUAGUUGUUGAAGUUGAACGACCGCCAGUUGUUGAAUUGGACGUUCUCCGUAUAGAAGGACGUCCUCUUCACUCUUGUAAUUCAAAUUCUAAAUCCCUUGAAGACGUUGACCUUUUCUAAUGUAAACUUGGGAUGUACGAGUAUAGCCAGUCGGCAAGUCCAGAAGAUGGCGCGAAAAGUCCAGGGUCGUUUGCCGAGAUUGAUCCAGGCAGUCUGGGUGCCCCUGCACAAGGUGCAGCGACUGAGUCUGCAGUUACGUCCUCAGGAAGUCUAUCGUAUAAUCCGCAGGAAGUCUAUCGUAUAAUCGCGCCGAUGGCCUAGGAUGGUCGCUUUGGAUCAUGCAGUAUGUUGAUGAUCUUCCACAUAUUCUUGACAAAAAAAGGUAUGCCCUCGCUGUUGACUCUGGAGUGUAAGUGAGUUCUUAACUUAGCUAACUGAUUUCGCAUCGUGUUUUCGCAACUCAGCAGUUCUCGCUAACUGAUCUUACAACGCCAUCUUGUUUUCGCAACUAUCUAGUUUCUUCCUCAGCACGUCCUUCAAGUUUUGUUUGUCUGUUUUACUCUGUCUGCGAUCCUUCUUGGUUUUUAGUUGUUGAUCUCUGUUGUUAUUAGUUCUUAGUACUCUGUAGGUAAAUCAUGCAGUAUGUUGAUGAUCUUCCACAUAUUCUUGACUCACUGUAAUUCAAUCGUAAUUUCUACCGAUCGUCCGGCUGCAAGUGAAGUGCGGGGCUGAGGUGAAAGGCCCGCUAAGUAAAACCUAAAUCUAAUGUGCUCUAAGUAAAACCUAAAUCUAAUGUGCUCUUGAAGACUGUUCGUUGACAACACGACUGAAGAUGAUCAUUACAGGCUUGUUAAUUUAUUCUCUGUUGUUUUUCUAUCUUUUUUUAGGCUCGCCACCCUACCCUCCCCCUCUCGUUUUUUCAUGAUUGUAACUGAUGGGCUACGUGCUGCACAGGUAAUGUACCUCUAGGUGUAGUAUUCCUCAUUUCAAGAACAACUGUUCUCUCCGCUUCAAAGCUUUUUCUCUUAACAGGCAAGUAGAACUGCAAUUGUUUACAAAAUCUUUGCCUAUUUAUCGGUGUCGUAGCUCUUCUUAGAAGGUACUACUUCACUGAACGCCCUCAUACAUAGAUGCAUAAUGCUAUGUUUUUUUUUCGAUUUAUCUUGUAGUUCUAGUGGGAUCUAAGAUGUAGUGUAGUUGUAAAGAUGAAGCAGGUUGUGGUAGAGAAGAUGUUGGUGUAGAAGAAAAUGGUGGAAGAGAGAAGAUAGAAUCAUGAGUAGAGUACUAGUGCAAGGCAACACGAGUCUCGAGGAAGUUUAGCUAGAACUAAGAAGAGUAAGAAUACCUACUGAGUACUUUUCUAACUUGUCAAAGACGUCAAUGGGGAGUGGCGAAGAGGCAGAUGCUCAUGAGUCGCGGCGAGACGGGUCGGGCAGCAGUCGGAGAGGCAGCUUCGAUGAUGAGUCGAUUAAGAUCUUUGACCACACAGCAGGACUUCCUAGAAGCAUAGACCUCCACAGGUUUUAGUUACCCAGGAGAACCAUUAGAAAGCCACUUGGUGCUCUAGCUCUAGAAGCUAGGUAGGAGUCUUGUAAGAACCCUAAAUGAGCAUCAUGCAUUACUAGAAGCAUGCACGACUUCUAGGUACUUAAUCCACGAUGAAUUUGAAUGUUAUUUUUCUCAAUCACAAGUUCUUCUCAAUCGCAAGUUCCAAGGCUGCAAAAGGAAGAAAGACGAGUCGCCACAAAUCAGAUUCGGUAAAUAACCGGAAUAAAACGGCAAAGGAUAAAAGGGACUCAAAAAUUACGACCUACAGAUUGAUAUGGAACUAUUCGGUAGUUGAACAACGAGGAAGAGCUAGAAGUCGGGUUGCAGUUACUCCGUAGAAGGUGAAUAAAUAUGAGCUAGUCUUAGUCCGAAGUUGAACAACGAUGAUGACCAUGGACUUUUCGUGUUAGUCCACUGAAUCUGAAGGAACAUUUGAUGGGACCUCUAUCUGAUAUUUGAGAAGUCUAGGGUCUACUAUAUCAUAGAAGCUGCAUAGCUGCAGCGUGGUAAACAUCGUGUCUACUUUGGUGUAGUUUUCAGUACUUUUUAGACAGGCUACCUAAAAUUUUCUUGGUAGAUAUCUUCAUGUCCCUGAGCCUGAACAACUGGAUCCCUUUCUUAGAAGAUCAGAGUCUAAUUCCCGAACGAAGAGAAGGAGUUCGACUUCGAGUGGGACGCUCGAAUACGAAGUGAUUCCGGCUUCGAAGCAGGAUGCCGAUUUGAGCUAAGGCUUAGGCUUAGGCUUUUCGGAUCUUCACUCGUAUUGAUCAACACUCUCACUUUUAACAGCAGCAGUGCUCCUGGUUUCACCACCGCCUGGGUGUUAUUGACUAACACUGGCACUGCUGAUACCAGAAGCCGCUAAAAGCAUUUCACUUCUCACGUGUCCUAAAAGAAAAAUUUUCUUUUUGUUUCAGUGAGCAGUAAUUAAGUUAUAUGUCGCUCAAGCGUGGUCAAAAGAUACCUCUACAACAGGUAAAUGUCAGUGAUGUCGAACUCCCAAAUUCUUCUAAAUACCAGCAGUGAGGCCAACCCUGGACCGUCUGCUGGGUGGAAAUGCGGAUCCGGAUGUGGAGCAGAAAAACAAGUUGGGCACUGGUGGGACUCGUCCAAAAAGCUGGUAUAAUUAUACCUAUCUAUGACGGGACUCGUGGGAGACAACUAACUUUUUUAGAAUAACUGUACUUCCCAUGUUGCUUGAGUACUUGCAAAUUUUGAUUUGGCAUGAGUACCACUAUAAUCAACAUGUAGUUGAAAGCAAUUAUUAUGCUACAGAAGUUUCUCUUGAUGAGUAGCUUCCAAGGAGCAAUGCUACAGUGACGACCUCAGUUAUGAAAGUGCUCAUUUAGCUCCUCCUGAAAGUAGUCCUUGUCCUUCUGGGCCGCCACGUCUUGGGUACUUUCUUUUUCUCCUAUCAUUCAUCUUCUAGCAGACAUUAGUAGAAUUAUUCGACAGUUUAUUACACUACCAAUUUUAUAAUCUUAGUGUCACGCGAUUUAUACCUUAGCUUUCUAAAAAUAUGAGUAGAUCCCGUGUUUCUAAUAUGAGAAGCGAAAACAGGAUCCAACGAAAGCAACGACGGCCCGCGCGUCCCCUCGAAGGACCGGGGAAUGAGGUUAUGAAUACAUCUCUUGGAACAACUACUUCGAAAAUUAUAGAUUAUAGUGUCAGCAGAUAGGAGGUUACAUGCUGAUAGUUACCCUUUUCGCUUUUCUAUCUUCCUCUGGUCUUUCUUUUUUCUAGUUAGGUCGGCUCCACCACAAUUAUAGAUACAACUCUUUGUAUUUACUCCUGCAUCUUCAACCUCGUGGCAGUAGCUAUCUCAGAGUCGUGGCAUCUUCAGAGUCGGGGCUAAUAUCAUGUCACAAUCUCAAUUUCCAUAAUCGCGGUGGCUCUUCUGUAUUCACUACCACUUGCAUGAUCAUGACGACCUAGAGAUACAAGAUUCAUCCCGUCCAACAUGUACAUCAUACACGUUUCGCUGGCCCUCUACCAUGUACAUCAGCCAUAUGCUAGCCCUCUGCUUCCACGAGAGAGAAAGAAGAUGUAGUUGUAGAUAUUAGUAGAAGUAAAGGUAAAGCUAGUAGUACUUUUAUUGCCUUUACCAGUUUAUAUGUCUAAUUGUUCUUUGUAAUAUAUUGUAAAGAAGAUGUAGAUAGUAAUUAUACCAGUUUAUAAGUUUUACGCUGUUUGAACGGUUGAACAAAAGAUCCAUGUUUUUCCAAGCUCUUCUGUUCAUACUGAAGCAACGACGUCGGAGAGCAGGGAUCAAGGCGAGCGUCAGCACGAGCAAUAUGGCUCCUCAGUUGUCUUCACACGUAAAGAAUACGAUGUGUUUGGAGAAGAAGAGAUAACAGAUGAGGAGAGCAGUGAUAGUCAACACGCUUCUCGCUUAAGUUGUAGGACAACUCUCAGCUGUUGCCACGCGUGAUAUGAAAUAGUAGAACUUCGAAAAACAUGAUGUUGAUGUUCUUGUGCUCCUGCUUUGAGAUUUCCUACUACUCUCUCAUAGUUAGUCGGAGGUACGUUUCUUGAUCUAUUGAAGUUGGUCUUCUUUCUGUUAAACGAAAUGAAAUUGAAAGUCCCUCUCCAUUCUCAACAUUCAGAAGGUUUCACAAUUCAAGACAAUUCUUCUAAUCUGCGGUCGGACCAUGUUGACGUUUGAGGGAGAAGCGUUGGAGCGUUUUAUGACAGUAGCUUCAGGAGAUGAGUCAGGCAGCGAUGACGCGAGUGAGACAAGCCAAGACACUGUAAUUAAGGCAACCGAGAAUGCAUCCCCAACAUCAUCCAUAGCUCGGUUUCUUUUUCGAGUAGAAAAGGACACAGAAAAAGAGAUAGCCUCAAGGAUGCGACUGCGGUAGCUCUAACAUAGCCGAACAGAUGAAGCAUGACGCUGACAGGGCAGCUCAAGAUUAUGGCGUGUGCUAGCGUUGUUCACGUUCUGUACCUUUGAAUAUUUACGGUGGUUACGAAUGACCACCAUAUCUUCAGGGACCACACACAUCACAUGACAUUUGAAUAUUGAAGGUUCUGCUACUAGGUCUGUGGCCUCCACGGGGAAUGAUGUAACGUUAAGGCUGUAGCUAAUGCAUCUUCGACUGCAUCCUUGAAACGUAUGGGGGAGCAUCCCAGUGCGAUACUCUGGUAUACUUUUCAAGGAUGCAGCUGGAAGAUGAACUACGGAGAGUGCAGCUAAUAACGGUUGUAGUUGUUGCAAGAAGGUUAAUAAAACCUCAUCCACCACGCCCUUGUCUAACUUGCUUCCAGCGACGAUGAGGAAAGAGGUCUUCUAGUUGUUGCUCCUCUUAGCGUGGACGACGGUGAUGAUGGAACCCAGGGUCGCCGACUUGUCGUUGCGUUGUUAUGCAGAGCAGGGGGCUUUUUCCAUCUCCAUUCAGCCUCAAAGUCAGACAUCUCUAUUCAGCCUUAGAGUCAGACAUCUCUAUUCAGCCUCAGAGUCAGACUCAGCAGAUAUUAUAGAUCGUGUAGUACAAAGGACCUCUAAUAUCAGACGCUGCGGAAGAAGCGG